AAUUUAACACUACAAUCAACGGAAGAGAUUAGACGAUUAACGGCAAUGAUUGAAAAGAAGGACACGCAAUUAAAAGUUUCAAAAAAAUUUUUAGACAUUAAGAUUAAGGACUGCAGAUCUCUGGAAGAACAUAAUAAAAGCUUAGAAAAUCAUAUAAAAAUACUUGAACAAUCAAAAACUGUCGAAUCACCCAAAUCAAUAAGAAACGUGAUCUGA